ACGUGACCGGCAUCGGAACCUCACCACCAGCGAUAGGUCCAACGACAGGUAGGAUCUCAAGAUCCACAAGCUUCACAUCCACAACCGCAACCAUGGCCGGUCCUAGCAAGUCCAUGAUCUUGGACCCCGCUCUGCAGAAAUAUUACGAGGUUAACGCCAACCGCUACAAGUACUUCCGCUGGACGCCGCGCAAUGCCUGGUUCUCCUUCAUCUUCAUGGCCGUGAUCCCCGGCUCGCUGACCUACCUUACCUACAAGACGGAGGGCAAGGUGGAUUUCCGCGGCAAGCGGAGGGGCGAUACCCUCAGUGAGUGGUAAAUCAGUUACCAGGCGGCAGGUUGUUGUUUUAUUUUUUGAAAAUGCCGGAGUCGUGUUUUCAGUCUGCGAGUUGUUUCCUACGGUUGAAAUGGUAUCGCAUCCGCUGCCUCGGCAGUAGGGGCUCGCUGGACGUGUAUCUAUUACCAGAAUAUACCGCAUCGAUGGUUCUCGUUUGUCUGCGAUUUCUUUUUCCAGGGGUGUUUUUAGAUCGGAAGCCACAAUGCUAUUCAUUAU